AUGCAACCCAGAGGCUCGAGAGUGGCAGGACCACUCCUCCGUAUAAAUGCCAUCUCAUCACAGCUCUCAGCAUCAUCCUCAUCGCACCCGUUCUCAACAUCAUCCUCAUCCAACUACACCCCCGUCAACCCCCAAGAAAUGAAAUCCCGCCCACCAAAAAUCAUCCGCGACUACCUCACCCCCAUGCCCUCCCACCUCCUCACUACCACGCUCUCAGACCUCCUCCACGCAGCACGACCACCAUCUUCUUCGGUGCUCAUGUCUUCGGAGAGACAUCUUCCGCAGGGCCACCACUUGGUGUAUUUCCCGCUACAGACGGCGGCGAGCGAGUUGGCCUUUGACGGGGCGGAUCGGGAUCAUGCGCCGAAUGGGGAGUUUACGAAGAGGCUUUGGGCUGGGGGGGAGGUGCGGUUCAAGAGUGAUGAAGGGUUGGUGCUGGAUGGGAGGGCGUGGGUGUGUGAGGAGGCGAUUGGGGAUGUCAAGGUGAAGGGCGGCGGGAGGGCGGAUGAGAAGGUGUUUGUGGAUUUGUGGAGGCGGUAUGGGCUUGGGCAUGAGGUUGGAGAGGGGGGGGGGUGGGAUGUUGAGGAGAGGAGGACGUUGGUGUUUAUGCGGAAGGGGGAGGAUGAGGAGGGGGAGGCUGCGGCUGUUGCUGCUGCUGCUGCAAGAGUUAUCAAAUACCCUCACCCCCCUACACACUCCGUCUCCAUCAUCCCCACGCCUUCCCAUCUCUUCCACUUCUCGGCACUCACCUUCAACGCGCACUCCAUCCAUAUCGACCCCGGCUAUGCGAGAUCCCAAGACGGGCACAAGACGAUCCUCGUGCACGGGCCGUUGACGCUGGCUCUUAUGCUGCGCGUGCUCAACGACCAUGUUGCUGCUGCUGGUGCUGAUGCAAAAGGAGGGGCGGUAAAGUCCAUUGGGUAUAGGAAUUAUGCGCCGCUGUAUGUUGGCGAGAAGAUGACUGUUUGUGUGAGGCGGGUGAGGGAGGUUGGAGAGGAGGAGGAGUGGGAUGUUUGGGUGGAAGGGCCGGAGGGGGGGAUGGCGGCCAAGGGGAGUGCUGUGGUGGAUGCGAGGAAGAUGUAG